GGGCCCAAUUCCUUAGCUGUCCAGUUCCGUUCCCCGCCUGCUUGGAAACGGGGCUCAGCGCUCCCCGCACGCAACUCGCUGGCAGCCGGGCCGGAAGCAGGAAGUUUCUGAUUGGCGGAGUCGCAGAAGCACUGGGUGAAAAUAGCUCCGCUGGCUGCGCGCCCAAGUCCUAGCUCAGCCAAUGCCGUACGGCAAAAUGGCGGCCCCCACCAGGAAUUCCGAAAUCCCCAACACUUCCUCCCUCCUGGGGAUUUGAUCCCCCAUGGCCACCGCUAACAGCAUCAUCGUGCUGGAUGAUGAUGACGAAGAUGAAGCAGCUGCUCAGCCAGGGCCCUCCCACCCACCCCCCAGUCCGGCCUCACCCCGGGCAGAAGCCCCUGGCUCCUCCCAGCCCCAUAGGGCCAGAGGAAGCAGUAGUUCGGGCGGCAAGAAAUGCUACAAGUUGGAGAAUGAGAAGCUGUUUGAAGAGUUCCUUGAACUGUGUAAGACGCAGACGGCAGACCACCCUGAGGUGGUCCCAUUUCUCUAUAACCGGCAGCAGCGGGCCCACUCUCUGUUUUUGGCCUCAGCGGAGUUCUGCAACAUCCUCUCUCGGGUCCUGUCUCGGGCCAAGAGCCGGCCGGCUAAGCUCUAUGUCUACAUUAAUGAGCUCUGCACUGUUCUCAAGGCCCACUCAGCCAAGAAGAAGCUGAACCUGGCCCCUGCUGCCAACACCUCUAGCGAGCCCUCUGGGAAUAGCCCUCCCACAGACCCCACCUCGGACCCCGCGAAUGCCGAGACUACUGCUGCUGAGGCCCCAAGGACCCAUGGUUCCCGGCGGCAGAUCCAGCGCUUGGAGCAGCUGCUAGCGCUCUACGUGGCAGAGAUCCGGCGGCUGCAGGAAAAGGAAUUGGAUCUGUCAGAAUUGGACGACCCCGACUCCACGUACCUGCAAGAGGCGAGGUUGAAGCGGAAGCUGAUCCGCCUCUUUGGGAGGCUGUGUGAGCUGAAAGACUGCUCUUCACUGACGGGCCGGGUCAUAGAGCAGCGCAUCCCCUAUCGGGGCACCCGCUACCCAGAGGUUAACAGGCGCAUCGAGCGGCUCAUCAACAAGCCAGGGCCCGAUACCUUCCCUGACUAUGGAGAUGUGCUGCGGGCUGUGGAGAAGGCAGCUGCUCGGCACAGCCUCGGCCUCCCCCGGCAGCAGCUCCAGCUCAUGGCUCAGGAUGCCUUCCGAGAUGUGGGCGUCAGGUUGCAGGAGCGACGCCACCUCGAUCUCAUUUACAACUUUGGCUGUCACCUCACGGAUGACUAUAGGCCAGGCUUUGACCCUGCACUGUCAGAUCCCACCCUAGCCCGGCGCCUACGGGAAAAUCGGACCUUGGCUAUGAGCCGGCUGGAUGAGGUCAUCUCCAAAUAUGCAAUGAUGCAAGACAAGAGUGAGGAGGGGGAAAGACAGAAGAGAAGAGCCCGGCUCCAGGCUACCUCUUCCUACCCUACAGACCCCCCCAAAGCCUCCUUGGAUUCUGGUGAGGGCCCUAGUGGAAUGGCAUCCCAGGAGUGCCCUACCACCUCCAAGGCAGAGACAGAUGACGAAGAAGAUGAGGAAAGUGAUGAGGACGAGGAAGAGGAGGAAGAAGAUGAAGAGGAGGAGGAGGAAGAGGAGGAGGAAGACGAGGCCACAGAUUCUGAAGAAGAGGAGGAUCUGGAACAGAUGCAGGAAGGUCAGGGGGACGAUGAAGAGGAGGAGGAGGAAGCAGGUAAAGAUGGAGACAAGAGCCCCAUGUCCCCACCACAGAUCUCCACUGAAAAGAACCUGGAACCUAGCAAAGGGAUCAGGAGGUCUUCAGGGGAGCAGCAAAACAAAGAACUCACAGGGUCACUGUCGUCACUGUCAGAAGAGGCCCUGGCCCCCUCCAGCAUAGAUGCUGAAAGCAACGGAGAACACCUCGAGGAGUUGCCCCUGGAGGAAGAGAGCCCUGUGUCUCAGCUCUUUGAGCUAGAGAUUGAAGCCUUGCCCGUGGAUACCACCCCUUCCCCUGAGGAGAGGGACGUUUCCUCUUCCAGGAAGCAAUCAAAGGACCCUCUCACCACUGUCUUGGAGAAUGGAGCAGCCAUGGUCACCUCCACUUCCUUCAAUGGAGGUGUCUCUCCUCACACCUGGGGAGAUUCCGGUCCUCCCUGCAAGAAAUCUCGGAAGGAGAAGCAAACAGGAGCAGGGCCAUUAGGAAACAGUUAUGUGGAAAGGCAAAGGGCAGGGCAUGAGAAGAAUGGCAAGAAGAUAUGUGCCCUGCCCAGCCCACCUUCCCCCUUGGCUUCCAUGGCCCCAGUUGCUGAUUCCUCCACGAGGGUGGACUCUCCUAGCCAUGGCCUGGUGACCAGCUCCCUCUGUAGCCCAUCUCCAGCCCGGUUGUCUCAAACCCCCCAGUCACAACCCACCCGGCCAGGUACUUACAAGAUGAGUGUGGCCACACAGUGCGAUCCAGAGGAGAUCAUCGUGCUCUCGGACUCGGAUUAGCUGCCUCCCCCUGCUCCCUGCCUCCAGAAUGUUUUGAGGAGAGUAUUUGGAGGAUGGUGGGAAGCAGAUGACCGAGGAAGGGGUGAACUGAGCUAAUCCCCUUUUGGUGGUUUCUUUUAAAAUAAAAUUUUAAAAAGCUUAAGUUUUACACAGAAACAUUAAUAAACAAUAAAGUUCUUUUCCUAUUGUA